CCUUGAGGUGAGCUGGAGAUGGCGGCGGAGUGGGUGCUGCCGCGGAGUGGUUGGUAGCUGCGUCCGCCGCACAGAGGUGUCUGCCCGCCCGCCCCCUUCCCUUCCCGGGCGGGACGAGACGGAGGCCAGGCGGGUUGGAGCGCGGCCGGAGCUCGGGCAGAUAAGUGUUUGAACACAGCACAUGUCUAAGCAUGCAGUCUACUAACGUGCUCCUGAAAAAAAUUGUAAGAAGUUCUGUCCUUCCAUUUGCUGCACAACAUGGGAUGAAAAAGGAUUUGUUUCCACUCAGUAGAACUCUGAGUUUAUCACUUUGCCUGAAGCAGGACAAUUCAAGCGGUCCCUCAGAAAAACUAGAUUUAGAUGCAUGGAAGAAGGUAAUGAAGUCUGGGUUGCAAGAAGAAGUCAGUGAGACGGUCUCUGAGCAUAAGGAGCUUUCCACUUUGGCUGCUGCACGUGAGAUUUUGGAGAUGUGGAGACUAGCUGGUAGAUCAGUUCCAGAAAAUAUCAGUGAAGAACAGCUAAAAACCUUUAUGGAAUGUCCUUCCAAGUCAGCCAAAAAGAAGUAUUUAAAAUAUUUGCACCUCAAAGAACUUUACAAGAAAAAUGACAAAAGAAAGAUGGAUGAGAAAAGGGAAAGGAAGCAGGAAGCACAAAAGCAAGCUUCAGAAACGGAUGAGACCAAAAGGAGUUCAUUGGUAUGUUUGUGGGCCAACGCUAUGGAUAAAGCAUACAGCUGGAGGGCUGCUCAGGCUAUGAUCUUUGGCCAACCGCUAGUGUUUGACAUGUCUUAUGAAAAAGAUAUGUCCGUCCGAGAAGUUGCAAAUACAGUGAGACAGAUAGUCUUAAGCGAAGGCUGCAAUCGAAGAUCUGUGGAUCCAUUCCACGUCCACUUCUGUAACUUGAAAGACGACAGCCUCUACCAUAAGGAGUUUAUCAAGCAUUAUAGAGAGGCGUGGGGCAAAUUGCUUAUCACUGUGACAGACCAGUGCUACACAGACAUCUUUCCAAAGGAUAAGCUUGUCUAUCUGACUGCUGAUUCUCCCAAAGUAAUGAAAACAUUCGAUCACAAUAAAAUCUAUAUUGUCGGGUCGAUGGUUGAUAAGAGCAUAAAAACAGGUGUCUCUCUAGCACGGGCAAAGCGACUGGGGCUGGAGACUGCGGCCCUUCCGUUGGAGAAGUACUUGCUUUGGAAUUCCGGUGCCAAAAAUCUCACGCUGGAUCAAAUGAUGCACAUUUUAUUAACUUUGAAAGAUACUGGAGACUGGAAGAAGGCUCUGGAAUUUGUUCCCAAAAGGAAAUACUGUGGCUUUGUAAGCAAACCUGUGCAUGAACUGAAAAAAACCUUAAACCUGAUCAACACACUUAAACUUGGAAAGAGACAGGAAGAAGUGCGAAGGCAGUUUGCCAAGAACUACUCUAAGAAGCUAAUGCAAAAGUAGAGUGAUGGGGAUGGGAAUGAUUUAUUACGGAUAAACUGUGCCCUUGAAUGCUCCAGUUUCUUGGGAAUUCUGGAACUGUAUUCAGCUAUUUAUCUCUAAAAAUGCCUUUGUUGCUCAAGUUUGAAAGGACCGUUGUUAGGGAUUUUUUUUUUAAAAUUACUUUAGUAUUCUGGCUGUUUGAAUUUCUUCACGUUCUUGAGAUUAUGUAAGAGAAAUGAGAUAAUCUGUUCUAAAAAUUUUAUCUGUACAAAGAAUAUAAAUCUGUCAGUUGAAUCUU